GGCCGGGCACAACCCAGCGUCGAGGAGGGGGCCGGUAUGUACGUAAUGAAAAGACCAUACGUGACGUGCCCGCCUCUUACUCCCAACCCCAUCAUUUGAGGAAAUACGCGACAUUUUCGUGUGAUUAGCGCCAGAUCUAGCUGUUUCGGCCACUGUAUUUUAAUACAGAUGAAAUCGUAGGAUGCAAUUUAAACGGACGGAGGUAUUCUAGCGACAUUCACGGACUGAACCGGAGUUUGCUUUUCAAGGGAGCUGAGAUUGAAGAACUCUGUGUGCCUGGUUUACAAGUGGCGGAAAGCAGUGAAUCAUGGCAGAAAACAACUUCCCUCCCCUUCCUCGCUUCAUCCCCCUUAAGCCAUGUUUUUACCAAGACUUCAACGAGAUCCCAGACCAACACCGCACUAUGUGCAAGAGGCUCUACUACCUCUGGAUCUUGCAUAGUGCCACGCUAGCUGUUAAUCUGAUUGGUUGCCUGGCAUGGAUGUGUGGAGGCGGUGGAGCUACCAACUUUGGCAUGGCUAUCCUGUGGCUCAUCCUCUUCACCCCUUGUUCCUACGUGUGCUGGUUCAGGCCCAUCUACAAGGCCUUGAAGACAGACAGCUCAUUCAACUUCAUGGCUUUCUUCUUCGUCUUCAUGGCCCAGGUGGUGAUCAGUAUUAUCCAGACUGUUGGCAUUCCAGGCUGGGGAGUGUGCGGUUGGCUGGCCACCAUCACCUUCUUCAGCACCAACAUUGGCUCAGCUGUGGUCAUGCUGAUUCCCACCAUCAUGUUCACUGCAGUGGCUGUUUUAUCCUUCAUCGCCCUCUCAAAGGUGCAUAACUUCUACCGCGGCAGUGGUGGCAGCCUGGGUAAAGCCCAGGAGGAGUGGGCUACGGGUGCCUGGAAGAACCCCCAUGUCCAGCAGGCAGCCCAGCAGGCCGCCAUGGGGGCUGCUCAAGGCGCCAUGCAGCAGAAUCAGUACUCAGCAGCUCCCACCUACAACUACGACGAACCCAUGUAGGACAGAGGAGUAGGCCAGGCGGCUGAGUGGGAGAACUAAAAAGGGAUCAAUUAAGAACACAAUUCAGAAUUAGGUGCCCGUCAUUAUAACACUGUAAUGCUGAACUCAAACAGAACAAUGUAAAAGUCAUGUUUUUGGUGCAAAUGUACUGGGAUUUCAUUAUUUUACUCGGUUCACAUUUAAAUCAACAGUUAUUUUAAAAAGCAAAAAAUGUUGCUGUUGUUUUAUGCUGCUCAGUUGUAGCUGGUCGGUGUUGUUUUCCAACAGAGACACAUAGCCUAAAAUAGGUAGACCCAGUCCCCUGAGCAUCUUCAGUUUAUUUGAGUAGGUGGUCUCCAAUGUCACUCUGUAAAUUUUCUAAUGAUCUUUAAUGUGAUAUUUAAGGGACUGAAACAGCUAUAUUGUUAAGGGUCUUUACUUUUAUUAGCCUUGAAGAUCACCAAUGCUGAAACAGUUAUUUCUCAGCUGAUGUAAUGGACUAGCUGUUUGGCUAAAUUCUUAUAUACAAAUGUCAAGAAUUUUUUAUUUCCCAUUAAAGGAAUAGUUUGACCAUCUUGGGAAACACCUUAAUUCACUCUCUUGCUUCAGGGUUAUAUAUAGGGUAUUAUAAAAUUAAUCUUUGCUAGCAGCCAGUUAGCUUGAAUUAGCAAAAAGACCAGAAACUAAAGCUGAAACAGAUAGUUUGGCUUUAUCCAAGGAUAUUAAAAUCUUCUUAGCAAUUAUAGCUAGCAGUAUAGCUCUAAUAAUCUGACUAGCUCGUUAUAUGUCACUUAAGAGCUCUUAGAGGCAGAUUUUAUUUCAUUUUGACAAAGUCAUGCAAGCUGUUUCUCACAGAUGUGAAAGAUCCACAGAUCGCAAGGGGAAAAUAUGUACUCUCCAACGGGCUAGCAAGUGGUUCCUGGAUAUUGCCAAUAGUCACCAGGUGAAAUCACUCAAAAAAAAAAAGGGUGCAACACCAAAAACCUCCCUUGUGGUUGCUUUGGUUGCUAGCAGGUCAAAUUUAGUUUGCAUUGAAGAUGCUGACUUGUAUGCAAAUGCUCGCUAACUAUUGACCUAGCAGCAGUAAAACUUGAAAAAGUGCAACUUAACCAGGAACGUUCUGCCUUUUGAAACAUGUUGGCUGCACCGCUGAGGCACAACUUUUAUUUUAAAGGCUAACGUUUUCCGUUUCACCACAGCUCAGAUAGCAGUUAGACAGUUUUUGUAGACAAGUUAGCAUCUUCCUUGCAAACUACUAGCAACCGCAGCAAUCUGUUAGCGACCAAAGCUAUUUCAUAUUUACAUACAGAUGUGACAGGGGUUGCUUUUUAACUUACAGCAAGAAAUUAAUUGGAUCAAACUACCUAUUUCUUAAAGGUUAUGGUACAUUUUAAGUAACCUUUUGAGUUGUUGUUUUUUUUUUUUAAUUAUGCUUAAAUACCAGUAAAGAAACUCAUCAUCUUUCUCUGCUUUUUUUCUUUCCUUUUUUUUGAUUGAAAAAGAAAGUUAAACCGACUAAAUUGAAUAUUCUAAAAAACAGAAAUAUGGAGUUUUUGUUUUGGUGAUCUUUUUGACAGUAUAAGUCGAUUUAUUUACAUUCUCAGGAAAAGUCUAAUAGCUGUUUUUAAAUUCUACCUGUAAAGCCUGUAGAGCUUCAACAUGUCGGGCUUUUGUCUCCUUAUAUCGCCCCUAUUGACCAUGUUUGGUUUUGUCGUUACAUACUAGUUUUAUGUUGAGCAGGCUGAGUUUAGUUCAAGUAUUUCAUUUUUUUUUUCAUGUUAAAGUGAAGCACACGCAGUAUUUAAAGAUUGGAGUUUAUUGGUCAGACAUUCCAAAUCAAUGUUAGUAUAAAGGUCAAAGUGAAAGAAAACCAAAACACUUGCAGGUUAUGGUAAGUAAUAGUAAUAAUUGUUGUAAGGUGGUCAUAACAUUGUAUGGAGUGAUGGAUGUUUACUCUCCCUUUGGCAAACUCUCCCGCUUACCCCUACGUGUAAAUGCUUCAGUGACUCCUUGUUUCUGAAAUUCGGGAUUUCAGGCCUUAGUGUGUUAUUUCGUGGAUGUUGGUGUUAUUCCAUGAGUUGGUGUAAUAAGAAAUCUACAUAAAAGAAAAAAAAAAGAAUAUUAAAUUCAAUCCAGCUAUUUCUUUAUGGAGUAAAAUAUCACAAAAAGACAUUCGUGCGUAGCCCCGGUGAGGCCUGAUGUGUUCAGUCAGAGACGGUGUCGUUCUGGUUUCUUCGAGUCUUUGAAAGCUUCAGCAUACAGUAGAUGGUUCGUACAGUCGAACACUAUUAGAUUUAAAACAGUGAAGUUAUCUGAAUCCUCGUUACUUUAAAAUCUGUGAGUCGUCUUGUCUGAUUGUGAUGACGUGGUUUCCAGUAGGCUGUUUGUUGUGCUACCUUUUAGUUGUUUUGUUUAUCUCUCUUUUUUCCUGUGUAUUUGAAUGACGUGUGGAUGCUUGUGAAGCACAUGAUUUGUUGUGUCUUUCUGUUUUUUGUUUUUUUACUAUACUUUUUGUUUUUGGAAAAAAAAGUAAGUAAUAUUUGCGCUGGUUUUCCUCUUGGCAUCGGUGCAAACUUCAUUCAGAGUGGAGCAAUACUAACAGUAGAGUUAUUACAAUCAGCUGGGGUCCUGUUGUGCAGCCUUUAAAUACAGGAAGAAAAAUGUUACCAACCCCAACCUAAAGUGUCAUAAAAUGAAUAGCUAGCCUGUUUUUGAGUUGGACACCACUUGUAUGAUUUUACAGUUUCAUAGCAUUUUCACCAGCACAUGCACACACAGAAGUAAGGAGGUGUAACCCUGUAAAAAGUACCAUACAUCCGCUCAUCUGUUAGUAAAUGCACAGCUGGCCAUUUCUAUAACGUAAAUGUGAAUUUUUUUGCACAAAGUUGAACAAAUAAGCUACUUUCCCUGUGUAUGUAGUAAGUUGGUGAACUUUGGAUCAGUCCAAACUUUCCGCCAUAUGUACAUACGGCACAAUUCAUGUGUUUAUGGAAAUUGCAGCUGUGUAGUUAUUGUGUAGCAGGAGCCGCUUAUACACUUAAUGCCACUGUAUCAAAGCUUCUGAAAGCCAUUUUCCAUCUUAUUCCCACAUGUACUGUAUGUUGUGUAAAAUGUAUUAACAUGUACUAUAUCAUAAGUAUAUAUGAAUAUAUAAUUACUUGAGGUGCAGUAAAUAUUUGCCAUGGAUCAAACAAAUUGAGUAGGCCCUAAAUAGUCGAAUAAGUCGUUUGAGGGGGCUGCGUCUCCACGAGUGAACGAGGAAAACAUUUUGUGUAUUACUUUUGUAUUAUUUGGUCUUACCCUAAUAGAUAUUAAAUAGUUCUUGUUGCAUCCUG